AUGCAGCCCCUCCUCGCAAAGCUCCCAUUGGUUCUGCACAUAGUGGCCGAGACGGGUGCGGCCAACUCCUUCAUCCGGCACCCGCGCACACAGCUGCGGAUCCGGGGCGCCGACCACGCUGACGUCCAGCGCGAGGCCGACCUGGUGUGCGCCAACCUGGGUGGCGCGCUCGUGGCUACCAACCUCGUCGCCCUAGUCGUCCUCCUGCGCCCGGGCGACACCGCCGCCCUCGACGAGACGAGCCGCCUCCUCGUCCUCGCCCUGGCAUCGUACCACAUCUGGCCAAUGUACAGGGCCUUUGCCAGGUUGACGUCCCCCGGGGCCGCGCUCAAGUACCAGGACGUGCCCAUGGGCGGCCCCGCGGUGCACCUGAUCGUUCACUGGGUCUGCUUCGCGAGCUUGUUGUGUUCGGCGUUGUUUGGGGGGUGA